CAGCUGUUCAUGAGAGUUUAAAUGCUGGAGAAUAUUCCCAUCUUCCCACAGCUGAAGAAGAAGCAAGCAGGAGGAAUUACUCCAGGAGAAACUACUGACAUACUGUUGGAAAGAUGGAGUUUGAGGAAGACCCCUGCAGAAUGAGAGAUGAAGAUACAGAGGAACAAACAGAUGAAGAUGGAAACACUAUUUCACAGACCGAAGAGAAUUUCACACAAAAACGAGCUGAAAAAACUGGAGUCAAAGAUUCUUUUACCUGCUCCGAGUGUGGAAAGAGUUACUCACGUAAACAAGAACUUACGAAACACAUGAGAAUUCACACCGGAGAGAAUCUGUUCACAUGCACUCAGUGUGGAAAGGAUUUUGUUGACAAAAAAGGCUUGACCAGACACCUAAUGGUUCACACUAGAGAAAAACCUUUCAAAUGCACUCGGUGUGGAAAGAGCUUCAGAGACAGAAGUGCUCUCAAAGAUCAUCUGGAUUCUCACGCUGGAGUGAGAUCAUUCAGCUGUGAUCAGUGUGAUAAAACAUUUGUUUUGGUAUCACACCUAAGAACACACCUUAAAGUUCAUGCUGCUGUGAAGCCUCACGUUUGUUCUCUUUGUGGAAAGAGUUUUUCACGACUGUACACAUUAAAAGAGCACCAGAAUAUACAUACUGGUAUGAAACCUUACAUAUGUGACUGUGGGAAGAGCUUUACUGCACAAAGUAAUUUAAUAGAGCACCAGAAGAUUCACACUGGAGAGAAACCUCACAAAUGCUCACACUGUGGAAAGAGUUUCUUUUACUUCAAAUCCUUGAAAGAUCAUGAGAGAGUUCAUACUGGAGAAAAGCCGCACCAGUGCUCUUCAUGUGGGAAGAGUUUCGCUCACUUACCUAAUCUGCUGAUUCACAAGAAAAAGCAUUGCCCGAAGAUGUAUAAGUGAGAAAAGCAUUUGUGUAACUGGCAACAUCAGUCCAUUAUAUAUUC